CCCCACCGUGCAAGAAUUGGAAGCAGAAAGUCUGCUCGGCUGCUUUUGCAAGAUUUGUUUCCUUUCAGUCACAAGAGUUUGCUUUGCUCCCUCAACAAACGACAUGAACUAUUUUUAUUUAUUGUUUUCUUCUAUCCCGCUCUUGCUAGAAUGCAAGCUUCAUGAAGAUGUGCUUUCCAGGAGGUUUAUCGAUUAUGGUCUGAUAAUACCGCUCAGUACCGAUGACCAGGGUCGCUACAUAUCGCACAUUGUAUCAACUGGAGACGGUGAGUUGCGGUUUGGUCGGCGAUUUCCACGGAGCACCCCCCAUCAGAGCAGAGGAGAAGCCGACCUGUACUUCAAUGUCACCGUUUUUGGGAAGGAAUUGCAUUUACGCCUGAAACACAACGCCAGGCUCGUUGCUCCCGAUGCAGCGGUGGAGUGGCAGGAGGAUUUCCAGGAGCUCUCCACAGAGCCCAUCCACGGAGACUGUGUUUUUUCUGGGGAUAUUACCGACAUGCCAGGAGCCACUGUGGCGAUCAGCAAUUGCGAUGGUUUGGCUGGAUUGAUUCGGGCAGACACUGGCGAGUUUUUCAUUGAGCCGUUGGAAAAAGGGCAGCAGGCACUGGAGGAAAAAGGUCGUGUUCAUGUGGUGUAUCGUAGGUCAUCUGUCAAACAAGCAGUACCAAAAGAUCUACAUGUUGAAGCCCCGAAAUUUGCUGUUGGUGACCUUGCAAACUCUCUAGACAUCAUUGAGGGGGAACUAAGUCACCCGACACGAAAAAGAAGACAUGCAAAGAAAGAUGACUACAACAUAGAAGUUCUGUUGGCUGUAGAUGAUUCGGUUGUUCGCUUCCAUGGAAAAGAGCAUGUGCAGAAUUAUGUUCUGACACUAAUGAAUAUUGUUGAUGAAAUCUACCAUGAUGAAUCACUGGGCACCCAUAUCAACGUGGUUUUGGUCAGGAUGAUUAUGGUAGGCUACAGACAGUCAAUCAGCUUAAUAGAGCGUGGGAAUCCUUCUCGAAGUUUAGAACAAGUUUGCCGCUGGGCUCACACUCAACAGCGCUCCGAUCCAGGACAUACAGAGUAUCAUGACCAUGCCAUAUUCCUUACCAGGCAAGAUUUUGGUCCUGCAGGUAUGCAAGGUUAUGCUCCAGUGACAGGCAUGUGCCAUCCACUCCGAAGCUGUACGCUCAACCAUGAAGAUGGAUUCUCCUCUGCAUUUGUGGUAGCCCAUGAAACUGGUCAUGUUUUAGGAAUGGAGCACGAUGGGCAAGGUAAUCGCUGUGCUGAUGAGACGAGUAUGGGCAGCAUCAUGGCACCUCUGGUACAGGCUGCAUUCCAUCGCUAUCACUGGUCUCGCUGCAGCAAACAGGAGCUCAGUCGAUACAUACAUUCCUAUGACUGCCUGCUGGAUGACCCAUUUGAACACAAGUGGCCAAAAUUGCCAGAGCUUCCAGGAAUUGACUAUUCCAUGGAUGAGCAGUGUCGUUUUGAUUUUGGAGUCGGUUAUAAAAUGUGUACAGCUUUCCGAACCUUUGAUCCCUGCAAGCAGUUGUGGUGUAGCCAUCCUGAUAACCCUUACUUCUGCAAAACUAAAAAGGGCCCACCACUAGAUGGGACAGAGUGUGCACCUGGAAAGUGGUGUUUCAAGGGUCACUGCAUUUGGAAAACUUCAGAUCAGUCAUACAGUCAGGAUGGAAGCUGGAGUUCCUGGACAAAGCUUGGAUCAUGCUCAAGGACCUGUGGUGGUGGAAUACGUUUCCGUAGCCGACAGUGCAAUAAUCCUCCCCCUGCCUAUGGUGGCCGAGACUGUCCUGGCCCUAGUUCCGAGUACAAAAUCUGCAAUUCUGAAGAUUGCACAGGGCACUAUGAAGAUUUUCGGGCUCAGCAGUGUCAACAAAGAAACUCCUAUUAUCUUUACCAGAAUAUCAAGCAUUCUUGGCUCCCUUAUGAGCAUCAAGGUGAGGCUCAAAAAUGUGAGCUAAUUUGUCAGUCCAAGGAAACGGGGGACGUGGUGUUCAUGAAUCAGGUUGUACACGAUGGUACACGCUGCAGCUAUAAAGAUCCCUUCAGUGUAUGUGCUCGAGGAGAAUGUGUGCUCGUGGGCUGUGAUAAGGAAGUUGGUUCUUUUAAGCAAGAAGAUAAAUGUGGUGUCUGUGGUGGUGACAAUGCGCAUUGUCGAACUGUUAAGGGAACCAUUGCCAAGACUCCCAAACGAACAGGAAUGUUCAAAAUGUUUGAAUUACCAGCUGGAGCAAGAAAUCUUCAGGUCGAAGAAACUGAACCGUCCACAAAUCUAAUUUCUGUGAAGAAUCAAGCAACUGGUAAUUUCAUUCUCAAUGGCAAAGGUGAAAGUUCAAAACCAAAAAUGUUUAUAGAAAUGGGUCUGGAGUGGGAGUAUUCCAUAGAAAAUGACAAGGAAAUCCUUAAAUCCAAUGGUCCACUGCACAACAACAUAGUUGUUUUUAUUAGUCCACAAGGUGAAGACGCUAAAUCAAAUUUAAUGUACAAGUAUGUUAUUCACGAAGACCUACUUCCUGUGAUCGGCAACAACAAUGUACUCCUGGAAGAGACUGAAAGUUAUGAGUGGGCUUUAAAGAGCUGGUCCCAGUGUUCGAAAGCCUGUGGAGCAGGCAUACAAUACACAAAAUAUGGCUGUAGACGAAAAAGUGACAGCAAGAUGGUGCAUAGGAAUUUCUGUGAUAAUCACAAGAAACCAAAGCCUAUAAGGAGACGUUGCAACCUUCAUGAGUGCACACAACCAUCGUGGUUAACAGAGGAAUGGGGAACUUGUAGUAAAAGUUGUGGGAAAGUAGGAUACCAAACAAGAGUUGUACAGUGUGUCCAGUAUCUUAAUAAGGGUGCCAAUAGAACAGUGCAUACCAAAUACUGUGCUGGAGACCGUCCCGAAGGUCGGAGGCCAUGCAACCGUACACCAUGUCCAUCACAGUGGCGGAUGGGAGCUUGGUCUCAGUGCUCUGUGACUUGUGGAGAAGGUAUCCAGCAACGGCAGGUGGUGUGUCGAGGGAGCGAUAACAGCAUAAGCCAUUGCAAGGACGAAAAGCCUGAAACCGUACAAGUGUGCAAAGUGAUACAGUGCAACGCUCAUUUAGGAAAGUCUUCUGUUUUUACUCCAAGCACGGAAACCAUUGAUCAAGUUACUCCACGAGGCCACUGGGUGUCACAGCUCGUUCCAGAGAAGCCUGUUCAUAAAAUUUCAACAAGGGAGCCAUGCCUUGGGGAUAAAUCAAUUUUCUGCCAGAUGGAAGUUUUGGCUCGAUAUUGUUCUAUUCCUGGGUAUAAUAAGUUGUGCUGUGAAUCCUGCAAUAAAAGGGACCCAACCUUGCCCCCUCCUUUUUCUCAGGCAGCCUCAGGUACUGAAGGUGCUGAGGGUAUCAUCCAUCCCAGCACUAUCACAGAAGUGGUAACAAAGCCAACACCCCAUAACCAUUAUCCAACCGUCAGAGGCACUACUAUAAGGAAGGAUGACAGUUCACCAACACCUCUUACUUCUGCCAGCGUCGAUGACACUGACCGUUCAUCAACCAAUGUUUUUGCCAUAGGCUCUCAGGGAACCACCAACAGUUUCACUAUGCUAAAUACUCACACUUUUGCAAGCACAUUUAUGUUGCCUCCUGCUCAACAGGCAACACGGCAUAGUAACAUGGAUGUGUUUGACUCCACAACUACUCAUCAGCUGUUUACAAACAAGGAGAAAACUUUGCCUCAUACAACUAGUAGGAGCGAUACUUGGAGCACAGAAGCUAUAAGUAGACAGAGAAGGGAUGACAGUGAAUCAGAAGCAGACUUGACCCACAGAAUCUCACCCACAGUAACAUGAAUUGCCUAUUUUACAAAGAUGAUGUCCUUCAAACAGAACUGCAGUUUUGCAAUAUCCUGUCAGUGGAACCAUAUAUCCCUGAUAAAUUGCCUGAUAGUCUUGCUCGCUUGGAGGCAGUUUCUGCCAGUUUCAGCUUACAGCUGCAGGUAAAGGUGUGUCCUGGUCAGUACUGGAUUUAUAUCAUGUCCACGUGAGAUGGUGAUGAUUAUACAUGCAAGUACUGUAAAAGAUAACAGCAACCUCAUCUAUUGCAAAGCUCAAUGUUUUCAGAUACAAAAUGGUGCUGGUUUAACAUAAAUGAACUGCAUUGGCAUGAACCUCAAAUUUGCAUUGAACAGUUUAGUCCUGAUGAAAUGAUUAUGUUCCUCUGACAUCUAAACAAAAAAUCUCAUACUUAAAAACUGGCUGCGCUACUCAUGAUGUAUGUAGCUUCUCAAGCUUCCUGGUGCCAUACAAUGUGCUAUGUUUGAGCAAUUUAAACAUUGUCUUGAAAACACUUUCAGUAUUGUUGUGAUAAUUAAAUGAUAUACAGUAUUUACAUUCAUAGUGUAUAUAAUGUAAAUGUCAGCAUCCAAAAAGGUAAUAGGUUUAUAAUGUGUUAUAUUAGUGUUAGUUGUCUUGUUGCUUGUACAAACCUGCCUUACAGUGCCAUUCGGCACAACAUUCGUUACGGAGUACAUAUAGUAACAUAAUUCUUUUUGCAGUUUGUAUAGUUCCUGUACAUAAAUGAAUAAGAGCUUUUUAAUUUUAAUAUUUAUUGAAUUGGAAAAGAAUCUCAGUUUUGCAUUGUUGGAAGAAUUUAUUAGCAAUGGCCUCCAUGUCUAGUCAUUUGUGUCAUCUUUUUGUUUUGAGUUGAAUAGAGGCUAAAACAGUGUAAUGUAAUUUAUAGAGCAAUUGGACUUUGCCACCCAGCUUUUGUGUCCACAUUACAGUCAAUGCAUUUUCAUUCAAAAAUAUAGAAGUGAAUUUUUUUUUAUAAAUAACAUCUCUAAGCUAUAUUUUUUAGGUUUUUUUUAAAUUACUGUAUGUAAAAAAUGUAAACAGGGAAUCUAAGAUCUUGUGCAUUAUUGUAUAAUAUCCAAAUGUCUAGCCUGAUAUAGUGCAAUGGCUGAGCGAUAACUGUGAAACUAAUACAGUCUAUCAUGAGCUUGUGAACAGUUUUUAAUCUCUUCAGAUAUCAUGUGACCUCAUGUAAAACCAGUGUUUUAGAUCUGCUUUGAUGAAAACCAAAAUAGACUGCAAAUUGAAUGUAUGAAGACCUACAUUUGGUGCUGUGCAUGACUUACAAACCACCGUUCAUUGUUUAAUGGACAAAUGCAGCUCAUUAGGUUUUUAAAACUUUUCUUGCUGCUGCGACAUCAGUAUUUUCAUGAGAAAGUAGUUGAGUACAGUUAAAAAAAAUUAGUACUCACAACACUUAAUGGGGCGAUCAAUUCUUCUACUCAGUCCAAAUAUUUAAAUGCUGAUUGUAUUGUUAAACUUUGUAUUUGGUUAGAAAUUAAUCCCUAAUAUGCAGAAACAAUAGGUCCCUAGAAUACUUAUUUAAGCCACUGUUUAGUUUACUGAUGAAUCAUGCUAAAAGUGGUAAUAAAUGCUAUUUCGGUAUCUCUUUGUGAAAAGUUUUGUUGUAGACAUUGCAUUCUGUUUGUAAUGUGCAGGCUGAAUUAUAACCUUGACAUAGAUGGUA